GAUUCGGCCCCACACCCCCCACCCGACGCCCCGCUGGACAGCGCCUGCAGCCUCGCCAUGGGCGCCGGUGCCUUCAGUGUCAACGCGUCCGCCUUGUUCGCAGAGGCUGACGACGAGACACUGCUGAGCGUGCUUUGCCAAGAUGUGAAAAGUGCCCAACGGCUGCUGCGCCAAGCGGAGCGGCUCUUGCCAGUGGCAGAAGCAAGGUGUGCAGAAGGACAGAGAGAGGAUACAGAAACAUUGCAACCAUCAAAGACAGAAGCGGAGAUCGCUGAAGGCAAUACGACCAGACACACAUUGAGCAUCCAUGGCAUGGAUGGCUCAACGUUUCACCUUUCAGUUGAGGAUGCUACCACCGUGGAUGAUCUAUCAAGAAUCAUAGCAGAGAAAAGUGGCGCGACCAGUUCCGGGCGAAGGCUGGUGCUUACUUCUGGUGGUCAGGUCCUCGACCAUUCCAAGCCGCUGCUACAACAACUGAUUGGCGAAGAGGUGACAUUCGUCGUCAGGAAAGUAUCUGCUGGAGAGGCAGCAGUAAGUCUGCAGCGAGCCUUGGAAGGCGAUGCGCCAGCCAUUGAUGGGAUUGUCUCAUUGAUUUUCUCCGACAUGUUCGACCAGAGCUUGGAAGGUGUCACCUUUUCAACUAGCCUGCAGACUUUGACCUUCGGCACCCGUUUCAACCAGAGCUUGAAAGGUGUUGCCUUGCCAAGCAGCCUGAAGACUUUGACCUUCGUUGAGUCUAGUGGUUUCAACCAAAGCUUGAAGGGCGUCACUUUGCCAAGCAGCCUACAGACUUUGACCUUUGGCCAGUACUUUGACCAGAGCUUGGAAGAUGUCACCUUGCCAAGCAGCCUGCAGACUUUGACCUUCGGAAACAAGUUCAACAAGAGCCUGGAAGGUGUCACCUUGCCAAGCAGCUUGCAGACCUUGACCUUCGGCGCUUGGUUCAACCAUAGCUUGAAAGGUGUCACCUUGCCAAGCAGUCUGCAGACUUUGACCUUUGGCGAUGGCUUUAACCAGAGCUUGGAAGGUGUCACCUUGCCAAGCAGCUUGCAGACUUUGACCUUCGGCAAAUACUUUAUUCAGAGCUUGGAAGGUGUCAUUUUGCCAAGCAGUCUGCAUACUUUGACCUUCGACUAUUUGUUCAACCAGAGCUUGGAAGGUGUCACCUUGCCAAGCAGCCUGCAAACUUUGACCUUCGGCUACAAGUUCAACCGGAGUUUGGAAGGUGUCACCUUGCCAAACAGCCUACAGACUUUGACCUUUGGCGCGGACUUUGACCAGAGCUUGGAAGGUGUCACCUUGCCAAGCAGCCUGCAGACUUUGACAUUCGGCAACUAUUUUGACCAAAGGUUGGAAGGUGUCACUUUGCCAAGCAGCCUGCGGACUUUGACCUUGGGCGACUGUUUCGACCAAAGCUUGGACAAUGUCACUUUACCAAGCAGCAUUCAGACUUUGACCUUUGGCGAGCACUUUAACCAGAGCUUGGAAGGUGCCACCUUGCCAAGCAGCCUGCAGACUUUGACAUUCGGCUACAACUUUAACCAGAGCUUGAACAGUGUGACCUUGCCGACCAGCCUUCACACUUUGAUCUUCGGCGAUCGCUUUAACCAGAGCUUGGAAGGUGUCACCUUGCCAAGAAGCCUGCAGACUUUGACAUUCGGCUACAAAUUUAACCAGAGCUUGAAAAGUGUGACCUUGCCAAGCAUCCUGCAGACUUUGACAUUCGGCCAGAAAUUUAACCAGAGCUUGGAAGGUGUCACCUGUCCAAGCAGUUUGCAGAGUUUGACCUUCGGCGAGCACUUUAACCAAAGCUUGGAAGGUGUCACCUUGCCAAGCAGCCUUCAGACAUUGACGUUCAGCGACAACUUCAAUCAGAGCUUGGCAGGUUUCACCUUGCCAAGCAGUCUGCAGACUUUGACCUUCGGCAAGGAAUUUAACCAGAGCUUGGAAGGUGUGACCUUGCCGACCAGCCUGCAUACUUUGACCUUCGGCAAAUACUUUAUUCAGAGCUUGGCAGGUGUCACCUUGCCAAGCAGCCUGCAGACUUUGACAUUCGGCCAGAAAUUCAACCAGAGCUUGGAAGGUGUCACCUUGCCAAGCAGUCUGCAGAGUUUGGUCUUGGGCGGGGACUUUAACCAAAGCUUGGAAGGUGUCGACUUGCCAAGCAGUCUGCAAACUUUGACCUUCGGCUACGACUUUAACCAAAGCUUGGAAGGUGUCGCCUUGCCAAGCAGUCUGCAAACUUUGACCUUCGGCGAGCUCUUUAACCAGAGCUUGGAAGGUGUCACCUUGCCAAGUAGUCUUCGGACUUUGACUUUUAAUGGUGACUCUUUCGAAGAAAGCCUGGAAGAUGUCGCUUUUCCUUCAGGCCUGCAGCACUUGACAUUUCAGUAUUUUACUAUUUCUGUCAGUGCUUAG